GUGGCAACGCUGUCCGAGUUUGAAGCCGGUUAGUGGUUAUCAGCUAUGCUUGAAAUGGAGUCGUUUUGUGAGAAACUACCUAAGAUUGAAUUGCAUGCCCAUCUGAACGGUUCUCUCAGCAGAAACACCUUAAGACAAUUAGGAUGCACUGACGAUGCUAUACUAGAAUAUCAAAGCGAACAAACCACUAUAGAGGAAGUCUUCAAAUUAUUUAAAGUAGCUCAUAAAGCAACCAGUACCAAGAAGAACUUGUACUUGAGCACCAAAACAGUGAUUAAAGAAUUCGCUGAAGACAACGUGAUUUAUUUGGAGCUUAGAACCACUCCAAGAAAAGAACUGGAUAUGACAGAAGAGGAAUAUAUCCAGACUGUCAUCAAUGCUAUUAUUGAUAAAGAAUCUCCUAAUAUUAUUGUGAAAUUAUUGUUGUCUCUGGAUAGAAGAAGAAACCAUCAAGAACAAUCGGAAACUCUAGAUGCUAUUAUUAAAUUCAAGAAUAUGUAUCCGGAUAUUGUGAGAGGAGUGGAUCUUAGUGGAGAUCCGGCGCAAGGAACAUUUUAUAGAGACCUUUUUGAGAAAGCUCGAAGGAAUGGUUUAUUCUGUGCAAUUCAUUGUGCUGAAAUAAAGAACAACACGGAAGUGAUUGACAUACUAAAUUUUAAACCUGAGAGACUAGGUCAUGGAACAUUUCUUCAUCCUAAUUACACAUCAAAUGCAGAAAUAUGGAACCUGUACACUAAACUACAGAUUCCUGUAGAGUGCUGCUUGUCUUCAAACGUCAUAUGCCUUACCUCAAAAUCGCACAGAGAGCAUCAUGUUCAAGAAUGGAUGAAGAAUGACUUACCAUAUUGUCUAGCUACUGACGAUAAAGGAGUCUUUAACACAACACUUUCCAAAGAAUUUCUACAUCUGCAAGAAUCUUUUAACUUAAACAAGAAAGAUCUAUGGAAAAUAUCAGACAAUGCUAUUAAUUACUCCUUUGCAUUGUCUGAAGAAAAGGAAAUGCUUCACGAAAAACUUAAGCUAUGGAAAAUUCAAAAUAUGUGAAUGAUUAAAUUUGAUAAUAAAGCUUUUUGUGAGA